AUGCACUACGAUGAACCUCAGGACCGGUAUCGCGGUGGCAGGGGGUUCCGUGACCGUCGCCCUUCCGGCCCUUCCGGCCUGCUUAUUCGGAACCUCCCUCUCGACGCCAGGUUCGAGAUGUUUUCACCCCUUCUCUACCGUGCUCUUCGUUCGUGCUCAAUGGCUAAAUCGCGGUACAAACUUUUACUUCCUCAGGCUUCUGCUUUUUCUUUGGAACGAUAGGAUUGGAUGGGAAUCCCUCUAGACGAAAUGAAGGAAUUAGGAAACUUUUCUACGUUCUUCAAACUGUUUACUCAGUUGUCAAGUCGGAAAAGUCGAUCAAAACUCUGGGAGUGAGCGAUGUCUUAUUGUCCUCCCGCACUCGCUGGUCGUCUUACUGGACCUAAGAGUGUCGUUGGCACGUUUGGCCUGCAUGAAAGGCCCUCAUUGUAGACUAUUCUUUGAAGGUUCCUUAUUCCCGCUCUUUUCCCUUUUCACCUUAUAGCCGGAUAAUUUUUCCGGUUUGUUCCUGGCUCAUUAAAGCUUUCAGACAUGUAAAUCGAUUUUUUGAGUGGGCCAUUCUCUAUUAAGGGAAGGACGAGGGACGUUUUCGUUGUUAGAGUCUCAUUUGCUUUCAAAAUUGCUUCCUUCACUUAUUUAAGUCUCAUUUAUCUCGAUCAAAAUGGUUUACUAAUGAGAUAAUCUUUGUCAAGAAGCGCUUUAAUGUCAGUCGUUAAACACAAGUUAACCAUCCGAAUUUAUGAUGGAUUGCCGUCAAAAACAGGAGAUAGCAUUGGGGUUACAUGGCUCUAUUGAGUUGUGAUUUAGAUGUGGUAGAUCUUGACUGCAUUUUUUCAUUCCUUGGUCCCCUUUGUUGUUGAGAUGAAGACAUAGCAACUAGAUGUUCAUUGUGGUAAUUUAUUGGAUACAUUUAAUGUAUUUUCCAACGCUGAAAGGAUAGUUAUGAUGACUGCUCUUUUAUUUAAUUUUGCAGACAAGAAGAUCUGAGAAUUCCAUUUGAGCGUUUUGGUCCUGUGAAGGAUGUUUAUCUUCCAAAAAAUUACUACACCGGGUAUACUUUGUUUUUUAGACCCCGCUCUUUUUUCUGUGGUUAUCCUAGCAUCAUUGCUUGUAAUCACGUGUCCUACGCAUUUCUUUCUUUUGUAUUUGGAUUCAUGUUUGUAGACUUCUCCAUUGAUGAAGAAUUUACGAGCAUUUUCACACUGUACCGGUUAGGUUGACUAUUGUUGUACAAAAAUCUAAUAUUUUGUUAAUUGAAAUUUCUCUUUCUGUUUCAGGUUUAGUAGUUCCCGUCGCAUAUAUAUAUAUAUAUAUAUAUAUAUAUAUUUCUAGUUGAUGGAAUUUUUUUAUUUACACGAGUAGUAUAUAGAAGUGUUGUCCCACAAUAAUGGGACGAACAUGACAAAAAUAGGGUAAAAUUAGGUAACUUUUUAAACAAAUUUAGAGUUCUCUGCCUGGUCACGUCAAUCUUCCCUGUGUGGCUAAUGUUGUUUCUUCCUUGAAAAAAGUUGACGCCAUUGAGAGGCUAGGGAAAAUUGAAACAUUUCAGAAAAUUUUCACUUCUUGUCCUUCGCCCAAUUCUCCCCUAGCGUUGCUUUUCUUGAUGACCUAGUCGUUUUGUCGUUGCUCAGUUGUGUUGCUUGUCACAGUGCCAAGUGCUGAUUAGUCGGGGCCACAUCAUAAUCUUGGGAAAUCUGUAUAUGCGUUGUUAGUUGUUAUGAAUUUUUUUCUUCAUUGUUGUACCUUCAGCAGGAUUGUCCUGCUGCACUAUGUGUGCUCCCAUCUUUCAUGCUCAUGACGACUAUUACGCAUUCUGUUGAGGUGCGGCAAAUAGAAUUACAAAAUUACCAAAUUACUCCUGCCUUAUACCUCAUUAUCCUCCCUUGAGAUAUGGGAUGUUCUUAUACAUUUAUGGCUUUGUGGUGAUUACAAGUUACCUUUGGAAUGUUAUGUCUUCACGAGUGUUUUUGCCGAUUCUUUGCUAAAAUGGGUGAUUUAGGAAGUUUCUUGUUUCAUUUUCCCCCUUUUAUUAAUAUAAUUAUCGUUCUCACUAUUGUUUCCAUUACUUUCCCCUUAUUACUUUUUUAAUAUUUGUGCCAAAUUCUUCUUAUAACGUCAGAUGUUUGAAUGUUUUCCCUGUAGGGAACCUAGAGGUUUCGGAUUUGUCAAAUUCCGCAACCCAGAAGAUGCAGCUGAGGCAAAACAACAGAUGAAUCAUAAGGUUAUAGGUGGUCGUGAGAUUAGAAUAGUUUUUGCUGAAGAAAACAGGAAAACCCCACAAGAAAUGCGCAAGAAUACACGUGUUAGGUAUGGCCCUUUUACAUUUUGUCAGCAGUGCCUUUUUGUUUCGGUAUCUUGUUUUGUGGAAGGAGUGUUUUCCUUUAUUUUGUUAUGUUUCUUGAUGCCGCUGAAUCCUUGCUGAUGCCGUUUCCUUGAAAAAUUUUCAGUGUCAGAAACCCUGGAGGAAGGAGGCUUUCACCAACGAGAUCUCCUAGGCGUCAAUAUCGCUGUCGGUACCUUUAUGUCACCUUUUUUCUGUUCUCAUGUCAUUACGCUGCAUUGAAUCUAUUUUUCUCAAAUGAAUGCUCACAUUUUAUUUCUGUCUUUGCAGCUUAUUCGUAUUCUCCUCCCCCAUCGGGGCAUGA